GGCGUGGUGUCAUGGCGUCACUGUCGGCGAUGCUGCCUUACGAGUCCGCCGGUAUCUACGAGCAGCCCAAGCAGAAGUUCACGUUCAAAGUGCCACGCGUGGUUUCGGACCAGAAGGCCAAGUUCGAGCAGGAUGACUGGUUUAAGAAGGUGACGCGCGCCUCCGAGGGCCGCUACACGGGUCACCGCGAGCGGCCGAUGGAGGAGCGCCGCGCCAAGUUCCAGAGCGACCUGAAGACCAACGGCAGGACCGAACUGGCGCUGACCCAGAACGGGCUGAACCUGAUCCUGGAGUUCGACAUAUCACCGAACGGCUACACGGCCCGGGCGCCGGACGUGGACUUCGCCAAGGAGCCCGGCAUGGUGCACCUGACUUCCAAGAGCAUUAUCCUGAACGGCGUGUGCGUGCGGUGGAAGGGAGCCAUCAACCUGGAAAGCCUGAGCGGCACCGGCGCCAUCGAGUUCGACGACGAGAUGGCUCAGGAGGAGGACAACAGGCUGAGGCAGCAGCUCGAGUACUACAACCAGCGGCUACGCGACUUCAAUGAUCGGCAGAAGCUCUACAAGCGUGAGACGGACUGAGGUGAGGGGCACCGCCGUCGCCGGCCAGGCGUGGCCAACUGGUUUCAUAGAAGGAAACUACAGCGUCCACGAUUCUUCAGUGAACACCGCGAGGGUGUCAGUGAAGCUUUCCAUCUCUUUGUAAUUUCCACGACGUAUACUCCCCAUUAUUUUCCCAUGUUGGUUUUGUUUCCCAGUAUUCCAACAAAUUCACCAAAAUUCGCCACCGGUGAGAACCGCAGAACCCUGCGUGCAUUUGUCUAGCUAUACGUUCUGUCUCUGAUCCCUGCGCAAUGUUUUUUUUCGGGAGAUCCCACAUCUGCGUGAAGUAUGUGGGCCGACAGCUACCUGCCUUACCUGAGAUUCAUUCCAUUUGAUGG